AUGGUAAAGAAAGCAAAGAAGACACCAGAAUUUGAUUUGAAUAUGCUUCAAGUGUUCAAGAAGGUUGAGGUAACCAUACCACUUCUUCAUGCUAUUCAACAAAUUCCAAAGUAUGCAAAAUUUUUGAAAGACUUGUGUACACACAAGGAUAGGAUACGGGAAUUAGAGACAUUAUCCUUGGGUAGUUCAAUUUCUUCCUUGAUGGAACCUAUUCCAAAGAAAUGUGGUGACCCUGGGCCUUGUUUGGUGUCUUGUUGUAUUGGUGGACGCACUUUUCAUGAUUGUAUGUGUGACCUUGGAGCUUGUGUAAGCAUCAUGCCGCUUUCUAUCUUUGUGCAGUUGAAUUUAGCUCCAUUAAAGAAGUCGACGGCGAGGUUUGCCUUACCCGAUAAAAGUGUGAUCACGGUAACAGGAAUAGCCAAAAAUGUACUUGUGGUGAUCAAGGAUUUGGUCUUUCCGGUUGACUUUUACAUCCUUGAAAUGCCUCCAACAGAAAAUAGAAGCUCAUCCUCCGUUCUACUUCUGGUAGCGGAAGUGCAAGAAGAAGACCACAACAAGUUGUGCUACCAUAUUGUUGAAGAGACGGAUGACCAAGAGGGUGAACAUGAGAAAGUUGUUGAGAAUGAACUCCGUGAGCUUGACAAAAAGGAACCUCAGCUUGAGGCAAAGAGUGAAUUGAAGCCUCUUCCAUCUCAUUUGAAGUAUGCUUUCUUAGAGGACAACCAAAAGUUUCCGAUCAUUAUUGCUAGUGAGCUCUCUAGUGAAGAAGAAGAAAAGCUCCUAGAUGUUCUCAGAAAGUACAAGAAGGUUGUUCUUAUGAAAUCAGGCAUCACUGCGGUUAAAAAGGACGAUGGUGAAGUGGUCACCAAGAGAGUACAAAAUGCAUGGCGAGUGUGCAUCGAUUAUAGAAGAUUGAAUGCCGCUACAAGGAAGGACCACUACCCUUUGCCAUUUAUCGAUCAGAUGUUGGACCGUUUGGCGGAGAGUUGUCUGGAAGUCUUUAUGGAUGACUUCAGUGUUUAUGGAACUUCAUUCGAUUGUUGCUUAGAAAACUUGGGCAAGGUCUUAGCUAGAUGUGUUGAUACUGACCUUGUCUUGAAUUUUGAGAAAUGUCACUUUAUGGUAAGACAAGGUAUAGUGUUAGGACAUAUAGUAUCUCAUGAAGGAAUUUCUGUAGACCCAGUCAAGGUUGAUGUUAUCACCACUUUAUCUCACCCCUCAUCUGUGAGGGAGGUCCGCUCAUUUUUAGGACAUGCAGGAUUCUAUAGGCGCUUUAUCAAAGAUUUCAGCAAGAUUGCUCUGCCAUUGUCGAGCCUACUUCAAAAAGAUGUAGACUUUGAGUUUGACAGUGAAUGUGUGAAAGCUUUUGAAGAGCUAAGGAGAGCUCUUACUACGGCAUCGAUUGUGCGAGGCCCCAACUGGACGUUGCCAUUUGAGAUAAUGUGCGGUGCGUCAAACCACGCUAUAGGUGCCGCGCUUGCACAGCGCGAUGGUAAACUCUCUUAUGUCAUUGCAUACCCUUCUAAAACACUUGAUGCAGCACAAUCCAACUAUACCACUACUAAAAAGGAACUCCUAGCUAUUGUUCAUGCUUUAGACAAAUUCAGAUCUUAUUUGUUAGGAUCAAAGAUAGUGGUAUACAUGGAUCAUGUUGCUUUGAAAUACUUAUUGUCAAAGAAUGAGUCAAAACCUAGACUCAUACGUUGGAUCUUGCUUUUGCAAGAAUUCGACAUUGAGAUUAUGGACCGGAGUGGAUCUCAAAACUUGGUUACAGAUCAUUUAAGCUGCCUUGAGAAUUUAAAAUCUGAUCCAUUUUCGAUCAAUGACUCAUUCCCAUUGGAUAGUUUGCAUGCUGUGUCAGAUAGCUUUCCUUGGUUUGCCCCAAUGGUUAACUACUUGGUAGCGAAACUCUUCCCUCCCAACUUUUCUAAACACCAAAGGGAUAAGUUGAGGAGUGAUUCCAAAUACUACAUUUGGGAUGACCCUCACUUGUGGAAGAGGGGAGUGGACCAAUGUCAGAAGUCAGGAAACACGUCUCAAAGGGAUGAGAUGCCUCAACAACCUAUGUUAUUCUGUAAGAUAUUUGAUGUAUGGGGUAUUGACUUUAUGGGAGCGUUUCCCAACUCCAGUGGGUAUCUGUAUAUUCUGUUAGUGGUUGACUACGUGUCAAAGUGGGUGGAAGCAAUACCUACCCGCCUUGACGACGCCAAUACCGUCAUCUCUUUUAUUAGAAACUACAUUGUAUGCCGUUAUGGGUCGCCACGAGCAAUCGUGAGCGACCAAGGAUCCCACUUUUGUAACAGGAAAGUAGAGGAACUGCUCAAGCGCUAUGGGGUAGUACAUAAGGUUGCCACUGCUUAUCAUCCGCAAACCAACGGACAAGCGAAAGUGUCCAACCGGGAGAUUAAGAGAAUCUUGGAGAAAGUGGUCAAUCCACAAAGGAAGGAUUGGAGCCUCCGGUUAGGAGAUGCACUAUGGCUAGAGGAGCUCGAGUGUUUGAGGAACGAAGCGUAUGAGAAUGCUCGGAUUUACAAGGAAAAGACUAAAGCAUUCCAUGACCAUCACAUCCAGAAGAAGGACUUCCAAGAAGGUGAUGAGGUUCUCCUCUACAAUUCGAGGCUUCGUUUCAUGCCUGGCAAGCUCCGCUCUAGAUGGGAAGUACCUUUCAAGGUGAAGGAGAUAAAGCCCUAUGGAGUAGUGGAGUUGUUUGAUCCUAAAAGUGAAGCAACUUUCAAGGUGAAUGGACAUAGAGUGAAGAAGUACCAUGGCUACAAGCUCCCAAAAGAGCUAGAGGUGUUCCUAUUGGCGGAUGCACCUAGAGAAGGAGAAGCUUGA